ACUAACGCGCGCCCUCAUCCCUCUCUCCACGACGGUGAUGAGACCAGCUCACGAGCAAGUCAAAAUCCAUUUCAAUCUGAAAACAACAACCUUUUUUUUUCUUCAGACAUCUCUAGAUCUCAAUUCCUUGUCUGAAGGAUAAAAAAAGUCACCUUCUUCUUCUUCCUCGUUACUCCGUCUCUAGCGGAUCAUUGUCGGUACUAUUCUCAAAUCUGCUUCUUUCCGAUCAAAGCUUGGAUCUUUUUGCUUUCUAAAACUUGGAUUUAGCUUCAAUCAAAUCGCUUCUGUAGAUUUUUGGGAACUAGCAAUGUUGUGAUCUCGUAACACACACACACACACACACUCUCUCUCUCUCUAUAUAUAUAUAUAUAUAUAUAUAUAUGGUUCCGAGGGUUGCUAUGAGGCGUCGCGCUGCGGAAGUUCCUCCUACAGAGCCGACGGAGAAGGGAAACGGGAAGAGUCAUACAAAUCGAAUAUGUCUGGUAGUGUCCUUAUCACUCUUGUUCUGGGCAUUGCUUUUGUACUUCCAUUUCGUUGUCAUAGGGAGCAGCACUAACAUGGAGAAUCAGAUCCAUUUGCAACCCCAACCAUCAUCGUCAUCAUCUACCUCUCUUCGGAUACACAAGUUCGAUCCUCGCAAAGAGAAAGAUCCUUUAGCUAAGCCUAUACUCCCUCCUGCUCCAGUGGCCACCACUUCCACUUUUAACCCUCCUGAAACCGUUGAGUUUCCGUUCGUGAAAGCCUUGAAGACAGUAGACAACAAAAGCGAUCCCUGUGGAGGCAAGUACAUCUACGUCCACGAUCUCCCCUCCAGGUUCAACGAGGACAUGCUUCGAGACUGCAAGAAGCUCAGUCUCUGGACCAACAUGUGCAAGUUCACCACCAACGCCGGCCUAGGCCCUCCCUUGGAGAACGUCGAAGGCGUCUUCUCCGACGAAGGCUGGUACGCCACCAAUCAGUUCGCGGUCGACGUCAUCUUCAGCAACCGGAUGAAGCAGUACAAAUGCCUGACCAACGACUCUUCCCUCGCCGCCGCCAUCUUCGUUCCCUUCUACGCUGGCUUCGACGUCGCCAGGUACCUCUGGGGGUACAACAUCUCCACCAGGGACGCUGCUUCUCUCGAGCUGGUCGAUUGGCUCACGAAGCGCCCCGAGUGGGAGAUCAUGAGAGGCAAAGAUCACUUCCUCGUGGCGGGUAGGAUCACUUGGGAUUUCAGGAGGUUGUCCGAGGAAGAAACCGAUUGGGGUAACAAGCUUCUCUUCCUCCCAGCUGCCAAGAACAUGUCUAUGCUCGUGGUCGAGUCCAGCCCCUGGAACGCGAACGACUUCGGGAUCCCUUACCCGACCUACUUCCAUCCGGCCAAGGACUCGGAGGUGUUCGAGUGGCAAGAGCGGAUGAGAAACUUGGACAGGAAGUGGCUGUUCUCCUUCGCGGGAGCCCCGCGGCCCGACAACACCAAAUCCAUCAGAGGGCAGAUCAUCGACCAGUGCAGAAACUCAAACGUCGGGAAGCUCUUGGAGUGCGAUUUCGGGGAGAGCAAAUGUCACUCCCCGAGCAGCAUUAUGCAAAUGUUUCAAGGCUCUCUCUUCUGUCUUCAGCCCCAGGGAGACUCCUACACUCGCAGAUCGGCUUUCGACUCCAUGCUCGCCGGCUGCAUACCCGUCUUCUUCCACCCGGGCUCGGCCUACACGCAGUACACGUGGCAUCUGCCCAAGAACUACUCGACCUACUCGGUGUUCAUCCCCGAGGACGAUAUUCGGAAGAGAAACGUGAGCAUCGAGGAGCGGCUCCUCCGGAUACCUCCAGAGCAGGUCAGGAGCAUGAGGGAAAACGUCAUAAGCCUCAUCCCGGGGCUGAUCUACGCAGACCCGAGAUCGGAGCUGGAGACGCUGAAGGAUGCGUUCGAUGUGUCGGUGCAGGCCGUAAUAGACAAGGUGACUCGGUUGAGGAAGAAUAUGAUCGAGGGUCGAACCGAGUAUGACAACUUCGUGGAGGAGAACAGCUGGAAGUAUGCGUUGCUGGAGGAUGGGCAGAGGGAAGCCGGGGGACACGUGUGGGACCCGUUCUUCUCGAAACCGAAGCCUGGAGAAGAUAGCGGCAACGAUGGCAAUGGAGGGACGACCAUUUCGGCAGAUGCAGCUAAGAAUUCAUGGAAGAGUGAACAGAGAGACAAGACACAAUGAGAAAGAGGCAGAACUCUUGCCACAUUUUGCUUACGGAUUGAGAUAUAGUUUUUGGUUAUUGUUGUUAUACGGACAAAAAAUGAUAUAUUUUUGUUGUUGUAUUGUAUCAAAAUGUAGUUUCUCCAGGUUUGGUAGAGAAGUUUGUUUGAUAAUCUUCUUGUAUCAGUAUCAGCUAAACACACUUGAGAUUAAUAAUGAGCAGUGAUCCUUUUCAA